UCUACCAGAUGCGGCUGCCGUCGUCUGUCCAAAACAGGUUUCCUGAAGCAGAAAACCCGCUGACGCUCGCUCUACCCUCUCUCACGCCCGGUUUCUACUUAGCAACGCCCAGAAUCAGCCAUGUCGACCGCCACGACCGUGUACGACCAGUAUCGCAACCCGCUGACGUCGAGAUAUGCCUCCAAAGAGAUGUCAUUCAACUUCAGCGAGACCAAGAAGUUCAGCACUUGGAGGAAGCUGUGGACUUUUUUGGCCAAGGCUGAAAAGGAGCUCGGUCUGCCCAUCACAGACGAGCAGGUCGAGGAGAUGGAGGCCAAUUGGGAAACCAUUGACUUCGAGCAGGCGGCGCGAGAGGAGCGUGAGACAAGGCAUGAUGUGAUGGCCCACAUCAGGACCUUUGCCUCCAAGUGCCCUUCAGCUGCUCCUAUCAUCCACCUCGGAGCGACUUCGUGCUACGUGGGUGACAACACGGAUCUGAUUGUCUUGCGCGAUGGUUUCGACAUCCUACUUCCCAAACUUGCACGUUGCAUCCAGCGCUUAGCGAAAUUUGCCAGGGAGCAGAAGGACCAGCCCACGCUUGGAUUCACGCACCUCCAGCCAGCUCAGUUGACGACCGUAGGGAAGCGAGCUUGUCUAUGGCUGCAGGAGUUGUUGAUGGAUGAGAGGGCCAUCAGCAGAGCUCGGGAUGACCUCUGCUUCCGGGGGGUCAAGGGAACCACGGGCACACAGGCAUCAUUCCUCCAGCUCUUUGAGGGAGAUGGUGAGAAGGUGAAGAAGCUAGAUGACUUGGUGACCAAAAUGGCUGGUUUCAAGAAGGCCUAUCCAGUGUGUGGACAGACAUACACCAGGAAGGUUGAUGUGGAGUGCCUCAACACCUUGGCAUCAUUAGGAGCCACAGUGCACAAAAUCUGCACAGACAUACGCAUAUUGGCCAACAUGAAGGAAAUAGAAGAACCCUUCGAGUCCAGUCAGAUUGGCUCCAGUGCCAUGCCUUACAAGCGUAACCCCAUGCGUAGUGAGCGUUGCUGUGCAUUGGCCCGCCACGUAAUGGCCCUCCCAUCCAAUGCCCUCAACACUGCUGCGACCCAGUGGAUGGAGCGGACACUGGAUGACAGUGCUAAUAGGCGCAUUAGCUUGGGCGAAUCAUUCCUCGCCUCUGAUGGCAUGCUGCAGACUCUCCAGAAUGUUCUAGAGGGCCUGGUGGUGUACCCAAAGGUAAUUGAACGCCACAUGGCUCAGGAACUUCCCUUCAUGGCAACGGAGAACAUCAUCAUGGCAGUGGUGAAGGCAGGAGGAAAUCGCCAGGACUGUCACGAGGAGAUCCGCCGCCUUAGCCAUGAAGCAGGAGCCAAAGUAAAACAAGAGGGAAAAGAAAAUGACUUGGUGGAGAGGAUAAAAGCAUCUUCGUACUUUGCCCCGAUUCACAGCCAGAUUGACUCGCUCCUCAAUCCUGCCACUUUCAUUGGCCGAGCACCCCAGCAGGUACAGGAGUUUCUGGAAAAUGAUGUGGAUCCGGUUCUCAAGAAGUAUGAAGGGAAAUUAGAAGGGUCUGCAACUUUGGUCAUUUGAGGCGAACAGAAUAACGAACAUUACCAGCAGAACUUUGUGAUCACAGGUUACAUAUCUGCAUUGAAGGUUACCAUUUGUCUUCUUGCUCAGUAGAAUAACAAGUAAAGGCAACAAUUAGUUAUCAAACUGACUUUGUUAAGGCUCUUGCUAUAGUUUGGGAAAAUAGCAUUGAGGUUGAGUAUUCCCAAGUGCAAGAUGAACAUCCUUAUUUGAUACUCCUCUUUGAGGAGUAUUGGGUGAUUAAGUAUUGGGUGAUAUUAGUUCAUUUUCUUAGAAUUAGGAAAAAGCUAUUGCAUAUCUUGCUCUUUGGAAAUAUUUUACUGGGAGCUAUACCUUCUCAGCAAGAGUUUCCUCCUACUUAUGAAAGGUUAUUUUUUAUACAUCCAUAGUAUUGUUAGUGUCUAUCUUUAUAUUGAUCUGUGUCAUAAGAUAUGAUGUUGAUAUAAAUAAAAAUGUUUCUUAUAUAAUCUAUUCUUGUUAUCAUUCAUUGUUGAUGAAUAUAUUUGGUGGUAAAACUUCAGAUUUCAUUGUCACUUGAAACCCUUGUAGUGAACCUUUACGAUAAAAGGAAAUUCUGUGUAUUCCUGUUAGUAAUAUUUCACAGUGUCAAAAAUGUUUCUUUAAUAUUCAGCACAAAUAUUUUAUUAAACCUUUUUAUUACUUCAA